AUGGAACUUCCUCCAGGAGUGAACAUCCCUGGGAGUGAAGUAUAUGUCGAUGAUAUUGUUAUCGCAAGGGAUGAUAUCUCUAGGAUUGCUGAACUGAAGUCUUUCCUUGCUACUAAAUUUGAAAUUAAGGAUCUUGGAAAUCUCCGGUAUUUCCUAGGGGUGGAGGUAGCAAGGUCAAAGAGGGGCAUUUAUAUUUCUCAGAGGAAAUAUGCCCUUGAUUUGCUUCAUGAGCUGGGAGUUGAUGAUGGAGAUGUCCUUCUUGACAAAGGUGUGUAUCAGAGACUUGUCGGUCGCCUUCUCAACUUGUGUCUAACUAGACCAGAUAUAUCAUAUUUUGUGAGUGUGGUCAGCCAAUACAUGCACAAGCCUAGAUCAUCUCAUAUGCAAGCAGUGAAAAGAAUACUUGCCUAUUUGAAGGGAUGUCCAAGAAAGGGGAUAUUGUAUUCUAAUCAUGGGCAUUUGAAGGUAGAGGCCUAUUCUAAUGCUGACUGGGCAGGUUCUAUUGAUGAUAGGCGGUCUACUUCUGGCUAUUGUACUUUGGUGGGUGGUAAUAUUGUAUCUUGGAGAAGUAAGAAGCAAUCAGUUGUGGCUUGA